AUGGAAAAAAAAAAUACGAAUUGGGGUUUGUACAACCCAGGCAGUGAUGUAGACAGUGACAAGGAGUAUUUUAUUGACUGUUUUGAAGCGGGCACCAAAGCGAUUCCGAAAGGGGGGGGAGUUUUUAAAGAAAGUGACACCACUGAGGAGGGUAAAAAGUGCGCAGGUGACAAUCGCACAGGGGAUAAUGGUGCACAUGACUGUGUCGGAGAUGGCAAUGUCGCAGAUGACAAUGCCGCAUGCGGUCAUGGAGACGACGACUUAACGAGCGAUUUGGAAAACUUCCAAAGCUUAGACUUAAGCGCGUCCGACGUGGACGACAAAAAAUUUGGGAAAAAAGAAAAAAAUUUCGAGCAGUACAAAAUUAAUAUAAGAAUAGAAUCGGACAUAUCUUUUGAGGAAGAAAAAAGUUUUAACCAUAGCAUAGAGCUAAGCGACAACGCAGAAGAGGUGCAAAGUAAGCCAUUAAACUUUUAUGACGAUGAAUCGAAUGACGAACCGUUAGGAUGUGCAGCAACAGGGGAGCAUUCGCUCCAUCCAGGAAAUGAUGCUGCAAGUGAAGUGAGCGAAAGGGGUGACUCUUUUGAAGGGACAGAUGAAUUAACCAGGAAGAAAUAUGAUUCGAAUGAGGAGGAAGCCGAGGAGGAGAGGGAAAAUCACAGGAAAAACGAAGCGGAAGUGGAUGAAGGGCCAAAUGACAAACAAAUAGACACGGACGCGGGUGAGCAAGACGGAGAGAGUGAAUCCGGGAAUGACACAAAAUUUUGCGAAACAGAGAAGACAGUAAAGGAGUGCGACAUGUCGGAGAGGUGUGUAAAUUUUAAUUAUAGGAAUAGUACCCCCAAGAAGGAACACGUGAACAGAAUGAGUUUAACCAAUGAGAAAAGGGAUGCGAUUACUGAGGGGAGAAGCAGCCCAGUUGGAAAUUUCUCAUUUGUGCUUGUAGGGGGCGUAAAGGAUGGAAGCCCGUCUCACAGGGGUGCGCAUAAAGCGAAGAAGAGCGGUGGCAAAGUGGAAGAACUGGACGUUGCAGGAAAAACGGGCCGUGCGGGAAAGGUCGAAAGGAAGCCCAACCGAUUCGCUCCCCAAAGAAAUACCCCCCAUUUUGGUUAUUACUCCACGGGGAACAACGCGCAAAAUGGAGAAUGGGAAAGAAACCAGGGCAGCCAAACUACGGACGAGCUGAUCACAAGCAGCGCCUACGAAAAGAGCGAAAUUGAGUAUUCGCUUAGCAGUGAGUCUGAAAAGGGCGAUGAAGAUGGCGAUAGUGAUGAAAAUGAUCUAGACGAUAAAGAUGGCGAUGGUGAUAAAAAUGACCAUGACGAUGGCAAACGUAACCACUAUCAGUACAAGAACUUUUUCUCCAAAGAACGAGGGCCCCAAUAUCUCCCCCCCUAUGGGAAAAGAAAUAAUCUGAACAAAUCUGGUCACCAUAAAAUUUGCUUAAAAUCGCCCCUAAUUCGGAAGGAGAGUUUUAAUGAGCCCCCUGAGCAGUUUAGGCAAAGUGAAAAAAGAAAUACGCCUAACAAGAAGGCUGACCAUUACAUCUACAU